CGAGUCCAUCGCACCCAGUUGGACGAUGCGCAAGAGUGUGGCAGAGCUGCAGAAGAGCACUUGGAUUGAACUCAGUGUGCAGCUGGGUUUUGAAUUCAGCGUCGUUUUCUAUCACAUGCCAAGAACAAUCACAAUCACAAGCACUUAGCAAACCAUGGCGAUGACGCAUUCUGGGCACCCAGCUCGCUUCAUCCCGGAAUUUUGCGCUUAUACCUGCUUUCAAGCGAAUAUGGGCUUUUUGUUGAUGCUGUAGCGCCGCUUGCUAUCAAGAGAUUCCCCUCCUGUGAUCGAUCUUGUGCGUUGCUCGUAGUAUUUUUUGUUUUUGUUUUGUUUUGUUUCAUAUAAAUAUAUAUAUAUAUAUAUAUAUAUAUGCGAAUGACAGGAUUCGCAUCCUCAUUCGAAAGUUUUCCCGCCCCUUGUGGAAUUUGCGGAAGGAUUCGCCGUUGAUUGGACUGCCGAGGUAGAUUUGGUGUCAACUUCUCUUUCAGCUCGUCGUUUGGUUGUGGUUGUGAUCGUGGCGUAAGGAUUUUGAGGAGGCUAGGCUGUGUUGUUUGCAUGGGCGAACCAGGCGAGGAAGUGCGGGUCACUAAACGGAUAGAGUCCCGGCAUGCGAACGGGACGGCUGGGAGGAGACAUAUUCGGUGGAAAUCGAUCGCCUUUUGUUGAAGGAAUUUAAUUGAGUGCUGAUUUCUUACGCUUUGUGGUCAUGUGAGUUAGUUUGUGCACGGCAGAGACAUUAGUGGCGAGCUGGAGCUCGAUGUGGCAACACUUGUGUUGAGUAGCUUGCAUUGGAACAUUCCUGAUUUCAUUGUAUUGAAACUAAAAGAGGAAUGAUUUUGAAGUUUUUAAGCAAAAUCUAGUCAGAAGAGAAUCAGGGUUGGUCGCAAACGAUGAGCAUGAAGCUUGAUUGGUUUCGUUGUUCUUAAGUGGGAACCUUGUAGCGGGUGUUUUGUCAACCCCAAUUUUUCACCCUCCAAGAGGAUUGUCUCAGCUUUCUCUUAGUUCGGGAGCUGUGUAUGUGUAAGAUUUUGUAGAUCAGCCUGCCCUCUGCUUGAGCGCUCUCAAUCAAGAUUUUGAGUAGUGCACAUCCACAAAAUGCUUAUAAUUGUACACUAAAGAAUUAGCUGUGAUUUGAGGUUAGUGGGUUCUUUUAUAUUUAUCUGCUGGAUAAGAAAUCAGGGGCGCUGGAGGUGGUAAGGAGAGUAGUGAAGUGCGGCCCUAUGCAGCGUCUGCAGGAGCUGCUGCUGAGGCACAGGUUUACGGCAGCCGACUCAUCGUCAGGAGGUGAGAUUUGGGUUUUAGGAAUAUGUUAUAAAGUGUCCGCUGACGCCAACGAUGAAGCUGUUUCGGCUCACGCUUUUGAAGAAUUUCUCAAUGAUUUCAGUUCCCGCAUCUGGAUCACAUAUCGAAAAGGUUUUGAAAGUUUGGGUGAGUCAAAGUUGACAAGCGAUGUGGGGUGGGGAUGUAUGUUACGCAGUGGUCAAAUUCUUUUAGCUCAGGCUCUUGUUUGCCACUACUUGGGCAGAACAUGGCGACGGAACGCUUGCCAGGAAUGUUUGCAAGAGUAUCUGCAAAUUUUGCAAAGCUUUGGUGACUCUGAAUCGUGCUCUUUCUCGAUUCAUAAUUUGCUGGAGGCGGGUAGACCUUUUGGCUUGGCUGCUGGGUCUUGGCUCGGACCUUACGCUCUUUGUAGGACACUAGAAGCGCUGGCAAAGGCAGACGAGGAUCAGAAUGCAAAGAAGGGUGGCAAGCGAGCAUUACCAUUUGCUGUAUAUGUUGUCUCUGGGGAAACUGAGGGUGACAGAGGUGGUGCACCCGUUCGGUGUGUGGAAGAUGCAGCAGUGCUGUGCUCCAAGUGGGGAGAGGCUACUGAAGAAUGGAGCCCCCUGGUGGUGCUCGUGCCCCUUGUCCUUGGCCUUGACAAGUUGAACCCUAGAUGUCUUUUCUUUUAUUGGAGAUCUCGUAUAUUUCAAAUUGAACAUGUGAUAUUUAGGCUUCACCGGUGCCCACGUGUUUCAAAGCUCAAGUAUUUGCCAUCGUUGAGGGCGACGUUUACUUUACCUCAAAGCCUUGGAGUUGCAGGUGGUAAGCCAGGAGCUUCUACUCACUUGAUAGGUGUUCAAGGUGAUCAGGCGAUGUACUUGGACCCCCAUGAGAAUCAGCAGGUUUUUGCAGUAACACCUGAGAAUUUGGAGCUGGACACCAGCUUCUAUCAUUGCAGUGUCGUGCGGCGUCUCCCAUUGGAUUCGAUUGAUCCAUCUCUUGCUAUUGGUUUCUACUGUCGGGAUCGAGCCGAAUUCGAUGAUCUCUGUGCGCGUUCAUCAGAGUUGGUCAAGCAAUACAACGGUGCACCCAUUUUUACUGUUGCCGAGAAGUCUGCUCCUUCGAAGCUACAGAACAGCAGCGACAUGGGUCUGGAAGAAUCAUUUUCUAAAGACCCUUCAUCUGAAGACGACUGGCAAAUGCUUUGAUGGUAAUGUUGGAGUCGUGCCGUCGUUGGACCCAGUAUGCCAUCCUUUGUUCUAUAGAGUUUUUCAGGAUCGAAUGGUGUGAUGUCCAAGCACUCAAACUUAUGAUUUUGAUUCCGCAUGACACUCAGCUAUUGAUGACCUUGCAGCAACCUUGGAAUGCUGUUGUAUAGAACUAUUCGUUCAAUCAUCUUUCUAGUUUGAGUUUUAUCUAUUUCUUAAGGUAUUCAGUAUUGUAUCGGUUCGUUUCCAUUAAUUUGUACAUAUUCCAUCUGUGAUUACAUUUUCUUGAAUAAAUCAGUUUCUUUUUUCA